UAGGGGGGAGCCAAGUGAAGAGCCAGCCAGUCUGACCCAUGAUAGAAGGGAGCCAAGUGAAGAGCCAGCCAGUCUGACCCAUGAGUCCAUGUCAACUGCUGACAGUGAAGAGCCAGGCAGUCUGACCCAUGAUAGGAGGGAGCCAAGUGAAGAGCCAGCCAGUCUGAGCCAUGAUAGGAGGAAGCCAAGUGAAGAGCCAGCCAGUCUGACCCAUGAGUCCAUGUCAACUGCUGACAGUGAAGAGCCAGGCAGUCUGACCCAUGAUAGGAGGGAGCCAAGUGAAGAGCCAGCCAGUCUGACCCAUGAUAGGAGGGAGCCAAGUGAAGAGCCAGCCAGUCUGACCCAUGAGUCCAUGUCAACUGCUGCCAGUGAAGGGCCAGCCAGUCUGACCCAUGAUGAAAUGAGGCAGCCAAAUCCUCAAGGGACAGGGACAAGAAAAGGAAUGAAACGAAAGUGGGCCAGCGAAGAGAACAUAUGUUUCAUGAACUUUUUUAGAGAUGAAUUAAGAGAAAAAAAAAUGCCAUCUGGCUCAAAAAUAAUGGGGUCCCUAAAAAUACUUACCGGAAGAACAGUGGCCCAGAUAAGGGCAAGGGUCCAUAACAUUAUUAUGGAAAAACAAAAAUGGAAAAAGAAUUGUUGAACUGUGGAAUAUGUUUAUGCCCCUGGUAGGGUGGCAUAUAGCAGUUGAACUGUCCGUCAGUCAGUCAGUCUGUCCAUCUGGCCGAAAACUUAUAUGGCCAUAACUUUUUCAAUAUUGAACAUAGCAACUUGAUAUUUAUACCCCUAUUACAAUUGGUAAUGGGGGCUAUAUAGGAGUCACGUUUGUCGGUCUGUCCCGAUAUUUCAUCCGAUCUUCACCAAACUUGGUCAGUAGUUGUAUGUAGAUAAUGUCUAGAUCAAGUUUGAAUAUGGGUCAUGCCAGGUCAAAAACUAGGUCAUGGGGUCACUUAGUAUGUUUUAAACUGUAAGUUUGUACGGACCAUAGCUAUGUUAUUUAUCGUUACAUUUUUAAAUGACUCGGUACAUUUGUUCACCAUCAUGGAACGGUGUGUCGCGUUAAAAGAAAUUACGUCAAUAUCUCAAAGGUCAAGGUCACACUUGGGAGUUCAAAGGUCAAAUGCUUGUCCGGGCCAUAGCUUUGUUUUUUAUUGUGAGAUUUUAAAAUCAUUUGGCACAUUUGUUCACCAUCAUUGAACAGUGUGUCGGGCGAAAGAAUUACGUCGAUAUUUCCAAGAACAAGGGCACAAUUUGAGUUUAAAGGUAAAAAAUGGCCAUAAUUGAGCUUGUCUGGGCAAUAACUAUGUUGUUUAUUGUGCGAUUUUAAAAUCGUUGGCUCUUUUGUUCACCAUCAUUUGACAGUGUGUCGCGCGAAAGAAUUACGUCGAUAUCUUCAAACUCAAAGUUGUAGUUUUAGUUCAAAGGUCAAAAAUGGCAAUAAAUUAUCUUGUCUGGGCCAUAAAUAUGUCAUUCAUUGUAAGAUUUUAAAAUGACUCUGUACAUCAAUUUUGUUCAAAGUCAUUGGAAGGCUUGUCAUGUGAAACAAUUCAAGAGUUCAAAGGUAAAAAUGGCUAUAAAUGAUAAUGGCAUAAUGAUUCUUAAAAAAUCGCCAUAAAUUGUAUUAUCUUGUUUUGUGAAGACAGCAUACAAAAUAGUCUGUGUCAAUGCGUUAUGUGGGGGUAUAUGUCACGUCUGUGACAAAGCUCCAGUUGGCAUGCAUGUGCAUCUUGUGAAGCUGCACAUAUUGAGUGGUGAAAAGUGAAGGUCAAGGUAAUCCUUCAAGGUUAAAUGUUAAAUAUAUUGCUUCUGUCCGUCCGUCUGAAAACUUUAAAAUUGGCCAUAACUUUUGAGCUCACCUGAGUGCAACAUGCUCAUGGUGAGCUUUUGUGAUUGCCUUUUGUCCGUUGUGCGUUGUAUGUCGUCAACAUUUUGCCUUGUGAACACUCUAGAUGCCACAUUUAUUGUCUGAUCUUCAUGAAAUUUUGCAGAACAUUUGUCACAUUGAUACCUCGACUGAGUUCGAAACUGGGUCAUGCUGGGUCAAAAAUUAGGUCACUAGGUCAAAAAAACAACAAAAAAACUUGUGAACACUGUAGAAGUCCAAUCUUCAUGUAACUUUGUCAAAAUGUUUGUCUAAAUGAUAUUUUGGUUUAGUUAAAAAUUGGUUCCGGUCCGUUGAAAAACAUGGCCGCCAGGGGCGGGGCAGUUUUCCUUAUAUGGCUAUAGAGAAACCUUGUGAACACUUUAGAAGUCAAAAUGUUUGCCUAAUCAUCAUGAAACUUGGUCAAAACAUUGGUUUUAUUUAUAUUUUGGACGAGUUUGAAAAUGGUCCAGAUCAGUGAAAAAACAUGGCCGCCAAGGGGCGGGGGAGUUUUCCUUAUGUCUUUAGUUAAACAUUGCUAACACUCUAGAGGCCACAUUUAUUGUCCAUUCUUCAUGAAAUUUGGUCAGAAGUUUGGUCUCAAUGAUAUCUUAGACGAGCUGAAAAUGGUUACGUUUGCUUGAAAAACAUGGCUGCCAAAGGGCGGGGCAUUUUUCCUUAUAUGGCUAUAUAUGGCUAUAGUAAAAUCUUGUUAACACUCUUGAGGCCACAUUUAUUUUCCGAUCUUCAUGAAACUUGGUCAGAAUA